GACAGCGCCCUCGGUUCCGUUCUCCUCCUCCCGCCCCGGUUCUGGGCUGUCCGGCCCUGGGGACCCCUCCCCGGCACCUGCCCGGCUGCGGGACGGCCCCCCCGGGCUGGGGGCGGGCAGGGGCUCCCCUCGCUCGCUCCUCUCCUCCCUCCCUGCAUCCCCAGGUGCCGCCCGGAGCAGCGGGGGCGGAGGUGCCGCUGGCAGCCGGCUCCGGCCGAGGGGAUUCGGAUCGGGCAGCGAUUAAUUCGGAGCGCCGGGACGGGGCUGCCGAGGCGCCGCCGGGACCGGGAGCGGGACCCCUCCGCCCGCCCGGGCUCAAGAUGCAGUAAAGUGGGGAGAAGGAUUCAGAUGUAGAACUACAGCCUGACCAUGCACUGAUGAGGAAACAGCCCCAUGUACUGACUCCCACUCUCACAUCCCUGUGCCUGAUUUGAAGUGACAGUGAGUGGAAGCAUAAGGUAUCUCUCAUUCUGUUUGGACUCCUUGUUUACAGAAGAGUGAUGGAGAUGCUAUUAAGCACAAAAGGCAUCACCAUAUGCCUGUUUUUCUUUGUAUUGAGUUUGGCAGCAGCUAUUGAAAUACCAUUAUCAGUUUCCCAGCUUCCAACAAUCACAGAGCAAUCCCACACCCAGGUUGCCUACCCCUUUGAUGAGGACUUCACCAUUAAAUGUGAAGCCAGAGGAAACCCGCAGCCCACCUUUAACUGGACUAAGGAUGGAAAACCAUUUGAUUUAUCAUCUGACCCCAGGAUAGUCACAUCUAACAACUCUGGAACUUUUGUGAUCCAAAACCGGGGAAUCAUCAACAAUUUCCAAGGGAAAUAUCGCUGCUUUGCAUCCAACGUGCUGGGAACUGCCAUGUCAGAGGAAAUUGAGCUGAUUGUUCCAAGUGUACCAAAAUUCCCCAAAGAAAAAAUUGAGCCUCUGGAUGUGGAGCAUGGAGAUUCUGUGAUCCUGCACUGCAAUCCCCCAAAAGGCAUCCCCCCUUUGCAUAUCUACUGGAUGAAUAUUGAUUUGCAGCACAUCCCCCAGGAUGAAAGGGUCUCCAUGAGCCUGAAGGGAGAUCUCUACUUUGCCAACGUGGAGGAGAGCGACAGCAGGAGUGACUACUGCUGCUUUGCAGCCUUCCCCAGGCUCAGGACCAUCGUGCAGAAGAUGCCGAUGACGCUCAAGGUUUCCCGCUUAAAGCAUGCUAAUGACUCAGGCUCACCUAACGCUGCUGUUACUAAGGCAAAUUUUAUCAAGGAAAGGAAGCCCAAACUGCUGAUCCCUCCUGAAUCUGCUGGCAGUAGCUCAUCAGUCACUGUCAUCAAGGGAGGUGUCCUGCUCCUCGAGUGUAUUGCUGAAGGGCUCCCAACUCCUCACCUCAGCUGGGUGAAGGUCACAGGAAACAUGCCCAAGGAUGAGCCAGAGACAGAGAAUUUUGGGAAGACACUGAAGAUUGACCAAGUGACAGCAGCUGAUGAGGGGACGUACCAGUGCACGGCCAGCAACCCCAUGGGCAGGGCCAGGCACGAGUUCCACGUGCACGUGGAAGAGCCUCCCCAGUGGCUGAAGAAGCCCGAAGGUGGGGUCUACAGCGUGGGGACAAACCUGGUGCUGCUGUGCGAGGCCAUUGGGAACCCCGAGCCCAGCAUCCAGUGGAAGAUCAAUGGGAUGCCCAUCGAUGGCAGGACCUUCCGAGGGAGGAUCUCCACCAGGGAGAUCAGCCUGACCAACCUGCAGCUGCAGGACAGCGCCGUGUUCCAGUGCGAGGCCACCAACAAACACGGCACCAUCCUGGCCAGCGCCAACGUCAACGUUCUCAAUAUUGCCCCCCUGAUACUGACCCCAGAUGGGGAAAACUACGCCACAGUCGUGGGUUACAGCGCCUUCCUGCACUGUGACAUCUUUGCCUCACCUGCAGCAGAUGUCAGAUGGACUAAGGAUGACAGCAUAGAGCCCCUCUCAACGUUUCGCUACGAGUUAAACAAGAAUGGCACCCUGGAGAUCAGGGACACAAAGAAGGAGGAUUCGGGGUCCUACGCCUGCUGGGCUGCAAAUUCUGUGGGGAAAAGAGCAAUCACUGCUAACCUGGAUAUAAGGGAUGCUACAAAACUUGUUGUUACUCCGAAGAACCCCCGAGUGCUGAAAUCACAUUCCAUUUUAUUGAAAUGCCAGGCUGAGUAUGAUUCCCACUUGAAACACAGUUUUAAAUUAUCCUGGAGGAAGGAUGGAGAUGAGCUGCCAGUCAACAGCACGGAAGGUGGCAGGAUAAUUCUGGACAGGGAUACCCUGUUCAUAUCCAGUGUUCUCCUGGAGGAUCAGGGAGUUUACAGGUGUGUGGCCAGCACUGCCCUGGACACCGCCGAGGCUGAGGCGCAGCUUAUCGUUCUGGAUGUUCCUGACCCACCAGAAGACCUCCAGCUCUCGGAAAACCAAAACCGGAGCGUUCGACUCUCCUGGAAAGCUGGGGCCAGCCAUAACAGCCCUGUUAAUGAGUCAAUUAUAGAGUUUGAAGAGAACCACUGGGAGCCAGAGGUGUGGCAGGAGCUGAUCAGAGUGCCAGGGAAUGACACCACAGCCCUGCUGUCCCUGUCCCCAUAUGUGAAUUACCAGUUCCGCGUGGUGUCCGUCAACGCCGUGGGCAGGAGCCAGCCCAGCAAACCAUCCCUGCGCUAUGCGACCCCUCCAGCUGCUCCAGAUAAAAACCCAGAGAACAUCCGAGUUGAAGCCUCUGAACCCAAUGAAAUGGUGAUGAAAUGGGAGCCACUGAAGCCCAUGGAGAGGAACGGGCCGGGGCUGGAGUACAAGGUCAGCUGGAGGCAGCGGGGCGUGGAGACCGACUGGAACGAGGAGCUGGUGAAGAAGCACUCCCUGAGUGUGCGGAACGUGCCCACCUUUGUGCCCUAUGAGAUCAAAGUCCAGGCCGUCAAUAAUUUAGGAUCUGGCCCAGAACCAAACAUCACCAUUGGAUAUUCAGGAGAGGACAUUCCAGAUGCUGCUCCUUCGGGUGUGUCAGUGGAGGUCGUGAACAGCACCCUGGUCAAAGUCUUCUGGUUUGGGAUACCAAGGGACAGAGUUCGUGGGCACUUAAGAGGCUACAAGGUCAACUGGUGGAAAACAAGAAGCAUGCUGGAUGGAAAGAGGCAUCACCCAGAGAAACACUUCCUGACAUUUGUAGGAGACAGGAACUAUGGGAUGAUUCCUGGCCUGGAGCCCUUCAGUGAAUUCCGCUUGACAGUUUCGGCUUUCAACUCCAGAGGAGAUGGCCCUGAGAGCUCCCCUGUGGUGUUUGAAACUCCAGAAGGAGUCCCUGAACAACCACGUUUUCUCAGGAUCCUGAACUUUGACAAGGACUCAGUCACUCUGUCCUGGGGACUUCCCAAGAAAGCCAAUGGCCACCUCACUGGCUACAUUCUGCAGUACCAGAUAAUCAACGAGACGCACGAGGUGGGCGCCGUGAGCAACGUGAGCGUCGCCAACCGCUCGGCGCUGAGCUGGCGCCUGGCGGGGCUCAGCCCCAGCACCAAGUACAAGUUCUACAUCAAAGCCUGCACGGCCAAGGGCUGCGGGAAGGCGGCCACCGAGGAGGGGCUGACGCUGGCCCAAGGCGCCUACGCUGGCAUUUACGAGGGGAUUUCCACCCAGGGCUGGUUCAUCGGGCUGAUGUGCGCCAUCGCCUUGCUCACCCUGCUGCUGCUGACAAUUUGCUUUGUCAGAAGAAAUAAAGGAGGCAAAUAUUCAGUGAAAGAAAAAGAAGAUUUGCAUCCAGAUCCCGAAGCUCAAUCAAUAAAAGAUGAAAUCUUUGGGGAAUAUAGUGACAGCGAUGAAAAGCCGCUGAAAGGCAGCCUCCAGUCACUUAACGGGGACAUUAAAGCCACUGGAAGUGCUGAUAGUCUGGUAGAUUAUGGAGAAGGGGAGCAUGGCAUGUUCAAUGAAGAUGGUUCAUUUAUUGGAGCUUAUUCUGGAUCUAAGGAAAAAGGAUCAGUGGAAAGCACUGGGAGUUCUACGGCGACUUUUCCUCUCCACGCCUAAAAUUGGUGUUUAAUUGUGGUGUUCAUCCUGGUUAGCUCCCCACAGUUACCUCGUGUGCUGGGGAGCAGGGUGCCAGUUGAGCCAGUCAGGAAAAUCCUGACAUCCAGGUAAAACAAAAACGAGUCACUGCCACUAAAAGAUGAUUUUUCCAUCCUUAUUUCUAUGUGUUUUCUUCUGAAUAAAACAGAGUAAUUCUUUUUUCUACACGAUGUGUUAGUCUGAGCAAACCAGAGUUUGCUCUGGUGGUGCAUCUGUGUCCUUGCCUGCUGCUCCAGGUGUUUCUUAGGCUUGGAAUAUGUUUCUCUGUGUACUAUUCUUGCCCUGUAUGGCUGUGUGUGUGUGUAAAAUUCCCUUGUGGCCUUGGUUACAACCUCGAGGUUAUGGCACCAACAAAACCAGGUUACUCUGCAAAGUGACACAAUGAGGAAAAUUAGAAUUGAAAAUGCCAGAGAAAUAUAUUCUAUAUAUUGUAUCACUUUUUUCCUAAAGAAUUAAACUCCUUUGUGUAUGAUAUUAAAAAAAAACAAAACUGUUUUAGUGGUUACAGCUGACGUCAAUUCCAAUACUUAGAAAUGCAGCUUUACCCACAGGAGAGUGUGGGUGAAGCUGCUGCCCAGUAGCUGGCACUAUUUCCUUAAAUAAGUUUAGCUGCAGCUCUUUCCUGUGGCAAGGCAAAACAGGGUUCCCAUCCACCAUCACUCGAAAUAUUUUUAAUUUUUCCCAGCUGCAAGCUGCAUUUCUAAGCAAACUCCUUGGUGUCUGUCUCAUAUCUGUAUAUUUGUGAGCUAGCCAACAUUUCAUGGAGACGUUGUACAUAUGAUAUUAAUAUUGACACAAGUCCAGAGCAGCCUGGUUUUAUUUUGAACUGAGACAUGUUGCUAGCAUGGGUCUGUAUAGCUGUGUAGGAAUGAGUAGAUUUGCUUCUCAAUAUGGAUUUGGACCAGCAAAAUUAGUUUCCAGAAGGAAUUGUGUGUAUAGGAAUCAUCCAAACUUCUCAUCAUUCAAGCAACACCUAAACUAGACCUACCUGAAUUUCAAGAGUUCAUUUCUUUUCAGUCUAUUCACUGUUAAAUAAACAAAAAAAAACAAAAGCAAAGAACAAAUAUUCUGGUAGAGUUUGUUUUCCUAUUUUGUUGACUGAAUGCUGGUUUAAAUCUGGUUCUUUGCCUCUCCAACACUAACUCAGCUGAGCUGUACAGCACAUUUUUUUGGUCUUUUUGUAUUGGAAUCUCCUGAAUCUCUUUUUAACAGCAUUUGUAUUUUUGAAUCUGCUUGUUUGAGUAGAGCAUCAACGUGGCUUCAUUUCUUCUGUCACUCCCAUCAUAAAAGUUUUUCAGUAGUUCCUGCAGGAGGAAUAGAUCCUAAAAGCUGUUUGGCAUCCUGAUAGCAAUUAGGCAAAUAUCCCCAAAUGGCUCCUCCGUGAUUUCAGUGGAAGAAAGAGAGGAAGCAAGAAUUACUCCCAUGGUUCUGAGUUUCCAGCAAGGGCUACAGUUAAGCCCAGGGAAAUGCAGAUUUUUCCCAGUGGAAGGGCUGUGGAUCCCACACAGCUCCCCCCAGGCUGGGGCUGCUCCUCAGAGCUUGGCAGUUUCUGGAAGCCUUUGGUGCUCAAGCUUCUGCUUAUCUGUGCCUCUUUUUGGGGUUUUAAUUGGAGCUUUUAAGGGCUUUUUGUGUAACCUCUGUUUGGGAAAAGCAAACCCCAAACAGCCACCCCAAAAGCCCCAUUCAGGCUGUGCCUAUGAGUAUAAAAUGCUGAGUGGAAAUCUGCCCUCAAUCAAAAAUUAUCCCAUCCCAUAUCCGUGACCCAAAUUAUUCACUUACAAUUAUUUAUAAAGUUUUGUUUUCUGUACUUCACUCAAUCCAAACAUCAAAAAGGUCCAAAAGCCUUUUACUUCUGGGGGGGAAAGUAGUUUUCCAAAGAAGGGAAUGCACAAUUAGAGAAAUGUGAAAAUUGGCAUCUCGUCAACACAGACAUUUCCCAGCAGCAUCUUUAUCUGCUGACUCGUGUCUGCUGCAGCCCAAACCUGAUAAAAUCUAAGAACUGAUUAGGCUUUUGACAACCUGCUGCUUGCUUUGGGCUGGUUUUCAUGUAUUUCAUUUGGAAGUCAUCUGCAGUGCUCAAAGGUCUUUGAAAAUUAGGGAAUGAAAUUGGGGGUGAGCUUCCCCCAAAUCCUCACUUGGGGCUGUGCCUGCACACCCCCAUCACAUUUUCUUGUGGGUCACUGCAGAUAAACCAGACCCCUCAUCCCAGAAAAUGCUUCUGUUAAACAAUGUUAAACAAUUUCUCUGCUCAGUUUCAGACCAUAUUAGUGAGUGUCAAAUGCUCCAAUAAUGGAUAUAAAUCCCCGUGCAGCUCCUGCUCUGUUGCUGCUAAGAGGUGUUUGUGCUGUGCUGGUGCUGCUGCUUUUUCCACUCAGAUUUUAAUUCACAGCCUUAAAUCUUAAUGUUGGUGUUCCACGAUGCCUCAGGACCUAAAAAUCAAACAGGGAGGAAAAGAUGUGCAAUGGAAUCUGGAUUUUUGAACACGGGUUUUGAGGAAUAUGCCCAGUGAAUAUUAAACAAGUGGCUCAAACUCCCAGGAAAUCUCACUCACCUGAGCUGUUUUCUCUUCCCCAGUCAUUUAUUUUCCUUUUUUUCCCCGCACUGGGAUUUUUUCUGCUGUAAAGGAACCCUGGAAAGUGCAGGUUGGUGAUGGUUUUUUAAAGAUUUUUCCCGAAAGUAAAUUAGCAGAGCAAGCUGAGGUUUUCCUGAGGAGUUUUUUGUCAUUUAGGGAGCUGGGCUGUGUUUCUGCUCUGUGCCAGGUGAGAGGAAGUGUGACCAUGUAGCUCAGUGAAAGUGUCACCAAGUGCUCUGCAGUUCAUGGAACUUCCUGACUUGGAAGGGAUCCACAAGUUCAUCAAAGUCCAACUUCUGCCCCUGCACAGGACAGCCCCCAAAAUCACACCCUGUUCUGAAAUAGUGCACUGAGCAUUGAAUCUUUACCUUGGCUUAUUUGGACUUUGUUGAAUUUUUUUUUUUCUUUCUCAGGCCAGGGGUGUUUAUUGAAAUUAGCUGCUGGAAACCCAUGGUGAUUUUAUUAAUUAACACCUAGCAGGGAAUUCCAGCCUGCCUGCUGGGAGGAGGGAGUCCAGCCACGGGAGCAGAACAGGGAAUUCUUAAUUAUCCCAUCCCAGGCUGUGGUUGGGUCCAUUUGGUUCUGACACAUUUUGCCUCAGAACAAAUGUGAGAAGGGAAAUGGCACUUUCGGAUUUGAUGUCCAAGUCAAGCCAGGAUGUCUUUUCUCCCAGGGGAGCUGUUUGGAUUCCCAGA